AUGACGACUAAAUCAUCGAUACGAAAUAUUAAAACAAGAUUACCAACUAGUAACAGUGUAAAUAAUAUGACAACAAAUGGUAAUGAUACAAAAACAACAAGUCGAAUAUGUAUUAAGAAACAAUUAAGUACAACAAAUUUUCUACAAAAUAAUCCAACAGCAAAUGGUUUUAGUAAUCAUUUAAAAAAACGAACAUUACAAUUAAAUAAUUUUUUUCAUUCAAAACUUAAAUCAACUCAUUUGAAUGAACAAAAUAAUGUUUCUCAGUCUAAUGAAAAUUCGAUAUCACCACCACUUGUCUUUCAUGCUAUUGCUCCAGCUUCACAAGAUGAUAUAAAUAAUAUAUCAAAACAAAUCAUUGAUGAACAAAAGUCUAACAAUGAAGCAAAAUCACCAUCAAGUCGUCGUAUUGCUCGUAUUCUUGCUCAGACAAAAAUAAAAGCUAUGUCAACAGAUAUCGAUUCAUUUCAACCACUAAGUUGUUCAGAUGAUGAAGAUAAUCAUUCAAAAUUUGUAUCAGUAGAUGCUGAUGAUGAUGAAUCUGAUAAUGAUCAAACUAAAAAACAGAAACGAUCACGUCGUACACAAAAAACACGUCGACCAAGUAGUACAUCUUUACAACAAAAAAUUGAGAAUAAUAAUUUUAAAGAUGAACAACAACAAUCAAGUUCAAAUGAUGAUGAACAUAAAGAAUUAAAUUCAAAUUUAAAUAGCAAUAAUGAACGAAGAUUAAAAGCAUUAUUAAAUAGAAAAUCUGAUCGUUUAACAACAACGACAACAACAACAACUGAUGAUGAUAUUGCAAGACAAAUCUAUUCUUAUCAUCCAUUGGAUAAUCUUGAUGUUAAAUUUCAAACAACAAAUGAAUCAAAUUCACCAUCACCAACUCCUACAAUGCAAUCAUCUGUUAAAAAAGUGAAUCGAUUUCAAGUUAAAUCAAUACGUAAAUCACAACAACAACAAAUUCUAUUAGCAAAUGCAAUUAAAGCUAAAUCAUCAAAUGAUGAUGAUUGUUCUGUACCAAAUCAAAUAUCAAAUUCACAAUUAAAACCAUCUAUUAUCGAAAGAAAAAAUACAAAUACACCAACAACUGACGGAGAAAAUACAACAUCAUCAACAACAAAUACAGAAAAUAUUGUUACUAAUGGUCUUUCCAUAUUAAAUACAAAUGAAAACGAACAUCGUGUUCGUUUUCAAGCACCAUCACAUGGAAAACAAGAAUCAGCUACUGAAGAAGAAAAACUUCCGAAUCAAUCAGUAGCACCAGUUACAAUACCAACACCAGUUCCCCCAUCAUCGGCAAAUUCAAAUCAAGGAGAUGAUGAUGAAGAAGGAGAAGCAAUUGCUAAAAGUCCCGAUAAUCGUUUUAUCAAAUAUGCAAAAGAAAUUGGUCGUGGUGCGUUUAAAACUGUCUAUCGUGGUUUAGAUACAGAAGCAAGUGUUGCUGUUGCUUGGUGUGAAUUACAAGAUUUUGCACAAUUUGAUAAACAUGAACGUGCACGUUUUAAAGAAGAGGCUGAAAUGUUGAAAAAAUUACAACAUCCAAAUAUAGUACGUUUUUAUGACUUCUGGGAAGAAACAAAUCCAAGAACAAAUAAGAAAGUUAUUAUUCUUGUGACAGAAUUAAUGACAUCCGGUUCUUUAAAAGGAUAUAUACGAAAUUUUAAAGGACAAAAAGAAGAAAAACGUAUAAAUGUAAUGAAAAAAUGGUGUCGUCAAAUUCUUAAAGGUCUCGCUUAUUUACAUAGUCGUAAUCCUCCUGUCAUACAUCGUGAUUUAAAAUGUGACAAUGUAUUUAUAUCCAGUACAACUGGUUGUGUUAAAAUCGGUGAUCUUGGUUUAGCAACAUUUAAAACUCAAACAUUUGCUAAAAGUAUGCGUGGUACAAUGGAAUUUAUGGCACCGGAAAUGUUUGAUGAACAAUAUGAUGAACUUGUUGAUAUCUAUUCAUUUGGUUUAUGCAUGUUAGAAAUGAUUACCGGUGAAUAUCCAUAUAUUGAAUGUAAAGGUCCAACUGCUGUUAUAAAACGUGUUACAGCUGGUUUAAAACCAGAUUGUUAUUUUAAAGUUGAAAGUGAUGAUGUACGUGAAGUUAUUGAUUGUUGUAUACGUACGAAUAAAGAAGAACGUUUAUCUGUACAUGAAUUAUUACAACAUUCAUUUUUUCAUGAUGAUAUUGGUUUACGUAUUGAUCCUGUACGUGAUUCAGCAAAUGAUUUACAAGCAUUAGUUACGAAUGAUUCAAUUGAUUUAAAAUUAAAAAUUACUGAUAAAACAAAACGUAAAGCAUUAUGGACUGAACAUGAAGCUAUACGUUUUCGAUAUAAUUUUACUAGUGAAACAUCUGAACAAAUUGUUGAUGAACUUAUUGAAAAAAAAUAUAUAUUUGAUGAUGAUAAAAAAUUUGUUAUACAAUCAAUUAAAGAUCGACUUCGUGCUUAUCAAUAUGAAUUAAUUGAUCGAAAAGCAGGAGUUUUUUGUACAGGCUCAAAAUCAACUAUGAAUCACACACCACAACCAUCACUUGCUGCACAACAACAACAACAACAGCAGCAGCAACAACAGCAACAGCAGCAACAGGUACUACCACCUCAACAACAACAACAGCAACAGUUACCAGCAACACCAGUCAUAACUCAACAUCAAAUAGCGACAGUUCCUUCUGCUACACCAACACCUACCAUUAUUCCACAGCCACAAACUGACAUACAACAACAAAUUGCUAAACCAACAUCUGAACUUCCACAAACAAAACCUAUGGCAAUGACAGAACCAAUACCAAUUGCACCUAUACCUGAACUUAGUUCAAGUGUAUCUGGUUCCGGUGGAAGUCUUGAAAAGCUUGAUGCAGCUUUGAAAAUAACACUUUUUAAUAAAACAAAAUCGUCACAAAGUAUGAGUGUGAGUUCAAAUUCAACUAUUACGAAUGAUAUUAGCGAGCCACCAACACCAAUAGUUAUUCAGGAUGAUUCAUCAGUAUCACGGAUAGGAAGUGAUACAGUCAUCAUUGAUCAACGACAAGUAAAAGAAUCAGGAGGAUCACAAACUAACGAAUUGACACCAAAUAUUUUUCCAUCUUCUUUACCAUCAACAAUGCAAUCACAACCUCAAUCAGCAACAUUAUUAACAAAUCAUCAACAACAGCCAAUAUUACAGAAUCCUCUUCUUUCAAAUCAAACACCAUCGAGUUAUUCUUAUAUGCCAAUAACUCCUUCUCCACAUCUUAUUAAUACAACUUUAUCAAAUGAUCCUACAAAGCAAUUGAUACCUUCUUCUUCUUCUUCAAUUAUACCAGAGACUAUUGAAAAUAGUCAUACAUUGAUAUCUCCUUCACAUACACUUGAAAAUAUUCAAUCUGCUCUUCCGUCAGAUACAUCAGUAACAACACAACCACCUAUGAUGGAUAGUUUAAAACAUCUCGAUGAACUUCUUAAGAAUGCAUUAAAAAAUCCAAGUAAAACUACAAGUACAGCACAUAAUAGUGAUACAGAAACAUCAAAUACUAAUAAUUCAAUACCAACUAAUAAUGAAACUUCAAUUAAACCAAUUGAAAUUGAAUUUGAUGAAAUAAAACAUAAAUUACUUGAUCAACUAAAUAGUUCAAAUUCAAUGGUCUCAUCAAUUAUUCAUUCUCAACCUAAUAUAUCAUCAUUAGUUCUUCCUGUACCAGUUCAACAAGUUAAAUCUCAACCGACAACAAGUCGAAUAUCAACUCAAUCAGAUCUAUUAGCAUCAUCACCUGAUAGAAAUAUACAUGAAUUAGAAACUUUACUUAAAAGUCCAUAUAAUAAAUUAUCAUCAAAUGAUGAUACAAUUGUUGCAUCAUCAUCAUCGACAACUGCAAAUGAUUUAUCUGAAAUCAAAACAAUGAUUAUGGAUUUAAGUCGAACAUUAUUAAAUCGAAUGAAUCUAAUUGAAAAUAAAAUUGAUGAACAUAGAAAUCAAACAAUACAGUUGAAUAAUUUAUUAUCAACAGCUAUAUUACCAUCAUUAGUUGAUCUAGCUGAUAUUAUCUAUGAAACACCAAAUUUAGAUUCACGUAUAAGGACUAGACUUGAAAGUAUUCAAACAAAUAUUCGAACAACACAACAACAUACUGAAAUGAAAGAUUUAAUGGAAAUUUAA